AUGGACGCCUUCUUUCAAAAGCUUUCCAGCCGUGUGUUAUUCACCCCUGCCAAGUUGGUACCAGCUGAGAAGACCGAUAAGCUCUCCACCCCAAGCAUCUCACGUUCUCAUAUGGUGCACCCUCAAGUCAUGAAGCAGCCGCUCGAUUUGCCGCGCGGUCGCAUUGCACACUGGGACAAGAAGCGUGAAAAAUGUAACAAUUGCCAGCACAUCUACCUUAAGACACUAAGUAAGCACCCAGGCUUCUGCUCCGUUGACUGCAAAUCCAAUAUGGUCUACCUCGAAAAGGUUAACUGCACUAUCCGUGCCGUACAAGAGCAAUGCCGGCAGAAAAAGCAACAACAAGAAAGGCUAUUGCAACAAAAGUCCUCUCAAAAUGUUAAGCAGCAGUCACUUGGUAAUCAUGAGCUGAAGGUCGUCCAUUGUGAUAGCAAGACCUUUGCAGAGUUUGACAUUGAGUCCCGCAUACUCGGGGCCAACAAUGUCGAGUGGGCCUUCAGCGCUAUGUAUUAA